AUGCAAAAUGUUAAUUUUCAUAGACGUGGUCAUUUCGCAAGAGAUUGUAAUGCGAAACUAAUGGAAUAUCAAAGUGAUGAAGCUAAGAUUGCUCGACAUGAAGUGGAUGAGGAUAACACGUUUCUGGUGAUGAUCACAGAGGAGAAUUAUGGCAGUAAUCAACUGCUGGACAGCAGCUGUAGCAGUUCAAAAAAUGCUGCAAAAACGCGUUCAGAGCAAAACGUUAUGGUAACCGUUCGAGAUGGAGUCCAAGAUAGUGAUGAGUGGUACUUGGAUUCUGGUUGUUCAACACAUAUGACAGGUAGAAAGGAUUUGUUUGUCAAAAUCAAUCAAGCCACGAAGAAUAAGGUGAAAUUCACGGACGAUACCACUUUAGCGGCUGACGGGGUCAGUGAUGUUUUUAUCAUGAAAAGGGAUAGUGGGCCUUCCUUGAUCACAUAUGUGCUUUAUAUUCCUGAAUUAAAUGUAAUAUCUUGA